AUGCGGUACACUUCGAGUCUUGCAUUACAGGUGUUGCUCUCCGCUGCAGCCGUCCAGGCUCAGCAGACUCUUUGGGGUCAAUGUGGCGGAGCUGAUUGGUCUGGACCCACGAGCUGCGUCGCAGGUGCAGCGUGCAGCACCCAAAACCCCUACUAUGCUCAGUGUGUGCCUGCAACUGCAACUACCUCGACUACCUUGACUACCUCGACCACUCUGAGCACCACGACUCGGGUUACUACUACCACCGCAGGAGGAUCAACCACGACGAGAACUACCACCUCGGCCACCAUCACGUCUGCGCCAUCUUGUAACCCGUUCAGCGGAUACCAGCUCUACGCAAACUCCUACUAUGCCUCGGAGGUGCAGAGCCUGGCUAUCCCUUCUCUGACAGGCUCUUUGGUCGCAAAGGCUAGUGCUGUGGCAAAGGUGCCGUCGUUCGUAUGGCUCGACACGGCUGCCAAGGUUCCCUCCAUGGGUACUCACCUGGCGGACAUAAAGUCGAAGAACGCCGCCGGCACCAGUCCCCCGAUCGCAGGUAUCUUCGUGGUUUACGAUCUCCCGGACCGGGACUGUGCCGCUUUGGCCAGUAAUGGCGAGUACGCAAUCGACAAGAACGGCGUCGCGAACUAUAAGGCAUAUAUCGAUUCUAUCCGGGCCCAGCUGCUGAAAUAUUCUGAUGUGCAUACCAUUCUUGUCAUCGAACCUGACAGUCUGGCCAACCUCGUAACAAACCUGGACGUGCCUAAAUGCGCGAACGCCAAGUCCGCCUAUCUCGAAUGUGUCGACUACGCGUUGGAGCAGCUGAACCUGCCCAAUGUAGCAAUGUAUCUGGACGCGGGACACGCGGGAUGGCUCGGCUGGCCCGCCAACAUCAGUCCGGCCGCGCAGCUCUACGCAUCGGUGUACAAGGACGCCGGGUCCCCCGCCGCACUGCGUGGCCUGGCUACUAACGUCGCUAACUACAAUGCCUGGUCCAUCGGCACUUGCCCUUCAUACACGCAGGGGAACUCAGUUUGCGACGAGAAGAAAUUCAUUAAUGCGAUUGCUCCGCUUUUGCAGAAUGCUGGCUUCCCGGCUCAUUUUAUCAUUGAUACUUCCCGCAACGGCGUCCAACCCACCAAACAAAACGCCUGGGGAGACUGGUGCAACGUUAUCGGCACGGGCUUCGGCGAGCGAUUCACCACCAACACGGGCGACUCUCUCGCCGACGCCUUUGUCUGGAUCAAGCCGGGUGGCGAGAGUGACGGGACGUCUGAUAGCUCCGCGACUCGGUAUGAUGCGCAUUGCGGAUACAGUGAUUCUUUGAAGCCGGCGCCUGAGGCGGGGACUUGGUUCCAGGCGUAUUUCGAGCAGUUGUUGGUUAAUGCGAAUCCGUCUUUCUAA